AUGCACUUACCCUCCUUGAUCGCCUGCCUCAGUGCAGUCGGCAUUCAGGGCGCUGCUAUAUCCCGCCCUGAUCAACAAGUAUCAAUUAGUACUGAGCCUGCAUCAAACAUAAGCAGCAUCCAAGGCAUUGCUGCUAUCACAGAUGGAUACUGGUUGAAUGACCUCUCUGGCAAUGGAAGGGCCGCCUUCAACAGUAACGGCGCUUACAAAGUCUUCCGUAAUGUCAAGGAAUAUGGAGCAAAGGGCGAUGGUGUCACCGAUGAUUCCGAUGCAAUCAAUCGUGCUAUUGCCGACGGGAACCGUUGCGGUCCCGGUGUGUGUGACUCGGCCACUGAUUCACCAGCCGUGGUCUACAUCCCCUCUGGAACCUACCUCAUUGGCAAGCCUAUCAUCUUUUACUACAUGACACAGCUUAUCGGUAACCCUCGAGGUCUCCCUGUUCUAAAGGCUGCUCCUACUCUCCAAGCUCUUGCUCUCAUCGACGCUAGUCCUUAUGGCAACAACGGUAACCCUGGCUGGACAUCGACCAACAUCUUUCUACGACAAAUCCGUAACUUGAUCAUCGAUGGCACUGCUGUCGCACCAACCAAUGGCUUCCAAGGUAUCCACUGGCCUGCCUCGCAAGCUACGACUAUCCAAAAUGUUAAGAUCCGCAUGACCCAGGCAUCAAACUCGGUGCAUGCUGGUAUCUUCGUUGAGAAUGGGUCUGGUGGCCACAUGGCUGACCUCGAUAUCUCGGGUGGUUUAUAUGGUAUGAACAUUGGAAACCAGCAGUUCACUAUGCGCAAUGUCAAGAUCUCCAAGGCUGUCACCGGUAUCUCACAGAUCUGGGACUGGGGCUGGUUGUACUCCGGUCUUUCGAUUAGCGACUGCGGAACGGCCUUCUCGAUGAGCAACGGCGCGGCGGCCAAUAAACUUGAGGUUGGCUCUGUUGUCAUUAUUGACUCUGAGAUCACCAACUGUCAGAAAUUUGUCGACAUGGCAUGGCGAAGGGACAGUAAACCUAUCGGUGCCGGCCAGCUGAUACUUGAGAACAUUAGGCUCAACAACGUGCCCAAUGCUGUUGUAGGCAACGGAGCCACUGUCCUCCCAGGUGGGACACUCACUAUCCAAGCUUGGGGUCAGGGCAACAAGUACGCUCCCAACGCGAACGGUCCGGAGAAGUUCCAAGGAGCCUUCACUCCUGUCGCCCGACCAGGAAGUCUAUUGGAUGGCGGCAAGUACUAUUCCAAGUCGAAGCCACAGUACGAAAAUCUUGGUACUGGUGACUUCAUCAGUGCUCGUGGUAGUGGAGCCACAGGUGAUGGUCGUACCGACGACACCCGAGCUGUACAGGAUGCCAUCACCAGAGCUGCUGCUCAAAACAAGGUCCUGUUCUUUGAACACGGCGUCUACAAGGUCACCCAAACGAUUUACGUUCCACCUGGUUCCCGAAUGGUUGGCGAGACCUUUCCCUCUAUUAUGGGCUCAGGCGCCACAUUCGGCAACAAAGACAGACCUGUCCCCAUUAUGCAAAUUGGCAAGCCUGGCGAGAGCGGUCGCGUCGAGUGGUCCGACAUGAUUGUGCAAACCCAAGGCGCCACUCCAGGAGCUAUCGUGAUCCAAUACAACCUCAACACCGAACGUGGUUCCGGUCUCUGGGAUGUGCAUACCCGUAUUGGAGGUGCCAAAGGUACAAACCUGCAGGUUGCGCAGUGCCCUUCUACUGUAGGAUCCAUCAAGCAGGAAUGCAUGGCUGCACACACCAAUGUUCACGUUACCAAGGGCGCGAACGGAGCUUACUUUGAGAACAACUGGUUCUGGACAGCAGACCAUGAUAUGGAUGAUGCACGAUCCACCCAAAUCUCCGUCUUCACUGGACGUGGACUGCAUGUCGAAGCGCAGAACGUAUGGCUAUGGGCUAAUGGCGUCGAGCAUCAUGCGCUAUACCAGUACCAGUUCAACAGCGCAUCGAACAUCUUCGCAGGCUUCAUCCAAACCGAAACACCAUACUACAUGCCCACACCCGACGCUUCUAACCAACCCUACGGCAGAUCUGAUGCCUACUCCGACCCGGUAUACCCGUCUGGUGCCUCAGCCUACGGCCUCCGCGUUCUCAACUCCAAGAACGUGCUCAUCUACGGUGGCGGCUUGUACUCUUUCUUCCGCAACUACAACGUUGGAUGUUCGAGUCCAGACGCGCCAAAUGGGUUCCGUAACUGCCAAAGCCGGAUCCUCAGUAUUGAGGGUGACAGCAGUGUGCAGGCCUUUGCGCUUAGUGAGGUGGGUAGUGAGUGGAUGGUUACGGUUGAUGGGGUGGACAAGGCAAAGUGGAGUGACAAUCUGAGUGUGUAUUCGAAUACUAUCGGGUGGCUUGGAUACAGGGUUUAG